CAGGUACCAAAUAUAACAGGUACCUAGGUAGGUAUUGUAAGUAACCUUAGGUACAUAAGGUAUAUAUUUGUAUUUUUUCAGCCUCCACCCCUAACUACGCGGGACUGUGCCAUGCUUUCGUAGCUUACACACCUUAUCCUCUACUAUACCGGCGCGUCUUUGCCACGAUAGCUUCCUUAGCCUUAUAGCAAAUGCCCUAUCUGCCGGGUGCCAACAAGUUUAAUGUGCGCCUUUAAGAUUCCGUAACAUACCUCAUAUUUUUAGAAUAGCUAGUCCUAGACUCUGCCAACAUGUGUAUCACCCGGUACUGGUGAAGCCUAGACUGCCCUUGAUUGUCCUUGUUAAGGUUGACCUAUCCCGAUACUUAUUGAUCCAAAUCGUACUGCCUAGGUAGGGAUCCAUUCUUUGAUCAUCACAAAUCCCAACAUUCCCGGUCACGUUUCAAAAUGCCUUCAUUUAUGUUUAUACUUUGGAUAUCUUUUGGUCUUGGAAUAGCAUGGACUGUUUAUUCGGGCCUCUGCCUAUAUCGUAACUACGUUGAAGCCGCCAAGAUCGGUGUCCCUAUUCGCAUAAUCCCUAUUGAUCAUCUUAAUAAACUAUGGCUCCUCGUGGAUAAACAGGUCGUUUCAGUGGUCCGGCGACUCCCAGGGGUAUUGGGUAAAAAUAACUUCACCAGGUUCAAUUAUCGCGGUUGGCACGAACACGAUGGAACUCGAGCACAUGAUGAGAUGGGCGAGGCUUUCGUGCUGGUGACACCAUGUCACAACUGGUUGUAUAUCGCGGAUACAGAUGCGCUAAUGAGCAUGUAUCGUCGGGGGAAAGACUUUCCACGUUGGGUAGAGAUUACAAAAAUGUUGGACGUAUUUGGAGGGCCGAAUAUAGCAACCGCUUCAGGGGAACAUUGGAGAAUGCAUCGCAAGGUCAUCAACUCUUGCCUUGACGAAAAAUGCAAUGAACUUGUAUGGUCUGAAGCUGUUUUGCUCGGUGACGAAAUGGCACGUUAUUGGGCAUCUAAAGGCGUCUUUAUGAGUGUUGGUGAAGAUACGCGAACAGUAUCUCUCCAUGUCCUAAGUAGAGCUUGUUUCGGCCAGUCGUUCGCAUUUGAAGGCUAUGAUGAGAGAUUGCCAACUAGCCCGUCAGCAAGUUUCCGAUUCUCCUUGUUGACUGUUAUGGAGGGUGCACUUCUUAUCCUUGCUCUGGGACCAUCAUUAUUCAUGAAUCCAUGGCUGCCUCUUCCGCAUAGUUGGAGAAUCAUUGGAGAGGCGUGUGCUAAAUUCAAAGGGCACAUGACAUAUCUCUACAACCAAAAGUUCCGCGCCCUAAGCGAGGGUCACUUGGAAGAAGAGACAACACUCAUGACUUCACUUAUUCGCGAGUCUCAAGGAAAAGGCGACGGAAAGGGGUUGACCGAAGCUGAGAUCUAUGGCACAAUGUUCGUAGUCAGCUUCGCCGGUCACGAUACUACCGCACACCUUCUAACCUUUGCCAUCUUCUUCCUCGCGGCCAACCCAUCUAUUCAGGACUGGCUUGCCCAGGAGUUACGCCAUGUCUUAGGCGAUAAGCCUCGACAAGAGUGGGAUUACCAUGCCGAUUUCCCCCGGCUUAAACGCUGCAUGGCUAUUCUUUAUGAGACAUUGCGCCUUAAGACUUUGGUGGCGGAGGUCAAGUGGACAAGCAACAAUCUGCAAUGUUUAGAUAUCGGUGAUCGGACUGCGAUGAUUCCACCAAGAACUUUGCUUAUUCCCAGCUAUAAAUAUGUUCAUCAACAUCCAAAAUACUGGGGUCCGAAUGCACAAAAAUGGAUACCGAAUCGCUGGAUAGGAGAGGCUAAGGGUAACGAAACCUCCAAACCGGCUGUGGCGGUACAGACCCAAAAUAUAGUAGAGCAAGAUGAGGAUCUAAAAAGGCAGAAUGUUGGAGAUGACGAAAUUUUACUCCCACCUCCAUCGCGCGGAAACUAUCUCGGCUGGUCCCGGGGGGCGCGGGAUUGUCCAGGAAAGAAGUUUUCGAAGGUUGAAUGGGUAGCUAUCUUAGCAGCUCUGUUCCGCGACUGGAAGGUGGAACCACGGCUCUUAGAAAAUGAAACGUUCGCAGAAGCACGUACGAGGACAUUGGAUUUCAUUGAGAAAGAAACGGACUACGGAGGGUUACUGCUACAGUUGAUGCAUCCAGAGAAACUGCCAUUAGUUUGGAGUCACAGGCGUUAGAAAUAGUAACGCUUUCGAUAUAUCAAUACUAAUUGGAAAGUAUAGAGGAAUAGUUAGGAGUUAACUUAUAUUCCAUAGCGGGAUCACUGGGUGUUCAGUCGGCCAGCCCUUCAACCCAUCGAAUACAUAUCAAUAUCUAGAUACUCUUCUAUAUUCUCAUAGCAUAUGAUAGGCCAUAAAAAUCUGCGUACAAGUGUCUUAAUUCCCCGCCUUCAACUCGCGAACAUCUAUGAUAACAUGUGAAAUAGGUAUCCAACAUGAAACCUAGGACCUGUAUACGAACGUAUAAUUAGCCUAGUACGAAAAUAGAAUUAACUUCUCAUGAGCUCUUAUCUUGAGCAUCGAAAAUUCAAAAGAAUUACCAACAAUGGAUCUGCACUUUCGCGGCUUGAACAAAAAUAUCC